AUGAAGCUUCAGGUAUGCCUGGACAAGAUGAGUUGUUGUUCGGUUCUCAUUGCCUUCUUGUUCUUCAUCGACCAUGUUGCUUGGUUGGAAGCCGUCGGUGUCCACAAUUGGUCAUCUAUUUUUAACAGUAAUCCAUCAAAUAACUGGGUUCUCCUGGGCGCUGAUUCCAAAUCCUGGGACAAUUAUCGUCAUCAAACGAACGUUUACCACGCGUAUCAAAUCGUGCGUGCAAACAAAAUUCCAGCGGAGAACAUAAUUACCUUCGCCUACGAUGAUAUUGCAAACAAUUUUAAGUAA